UUUGUCUUAAGUGAUGUUACAUUUUUCCUAUUAUCUUUGUUCAAUUUGAUUUAUGAAUCUCUAUACAAAUUGUGUUUAUAAGUAUAUAUAAUCUAAGCAUAAACUUAUAAAGAAAACAAUAACUUGAUUUAUUUCAAUUUUUUAAUUACAUCGCAAUGUCUUUUUUUACUUGGAAAGGAAGCAACCGUUCCGAAAAUAUUGAACAUACUGGACACAAUUUACAAGAUGGUCUUUUUCAAAUCGCAUCUCAAGCUUGUCAUAUUUUAGUACAAGUAAAUAAUACGCAUAAUAUUUCGUACGGUGGAAACAAUAAUGUAAAGAAUAUUGCAUAUUCCAAAUGUUUAAAGAGUGAUAAAGAUUCAACACGAUUGGCAGCUUCUUCCACGACUAAAGGAACUACCACAGUCAAAUCUUAUUCAAAAUAUAUGAAAGAUCAAGACAAAGAUCAGGAUAUUGUCGUUCUAUUACCACAUCGUAAAAACAGAACACCUCUUAUUAAACAUAAAUUAUCUACAGUUUCGGAAAAUGCUAGAUUAGAAUUGAAUUCAUCAAAAUAUACCAGCGGUAGUGAAAAUAAUGGUAAUUCUGCUGGUAAUAAUAUCGUAUCCGAUGAUGAUUUCGAAUUAUGGGAUCAUUCUGGUUUUAUGUUGAGAAACGAUGCAGAUGAUCCAAUAAUGAAUGGGAAAUGGGGAGGUGCUCAAGGAUGGUGUAAGCCAAGUUGCAUUCCAAUCACAGUUAUAUUAAUUUUGAUUGUGCUAGUUGUUUUAUUACCAUUAUUAGAUCAUGCAGCAGAUAAAUAUGCAUUAAAUGAUACGGAUUUAGAUAUUGAUUCUAAUUGCAUGGAAGGCUGUAAUUUAUCUUUUGUUGAAACUUUACCAGUAGGCAUGAAUUAUAUAAAUAACACUGUUUUCCUUGAUAAUACUUAUGAUUCCUGGAUCAAACUUAUUUCAUUAGCACGACAAAAAAUAGAAAUAGCAUCGUUUUAUUGGACUAUGAAGAGAGAAGAUGUAUAUUCAGAUGAUACUGCAAAACAAGGCGAAGAAAUUUUUCGUUUGCUUCUCCAAGCGGGAAGAGAUCGAAAGAUUUUGUUGAAAAUAACGCAAAAUAUGCCAUCACAAAUUAGUCCGAACAUUAAUACAGAAAUUUUGAUGAAAAAAGCGCACGCUAAGGUUAAAAAUUUAAACUUCGCGGGAUUAUUCGGAGGAGGAGUACUUCACUCAAAAUUAUGGCUUAUUGACAGAACACAUCUAUAUGUAGGUUCCGCGAAUAUGGACUGGCGUUCACUUACACAAGUAAAAGAGCUUGGUUUAACCAUUUUAAAUUGCAGUUGCCUGGCAAACGAUUAUGCCAAGAUUUUCGAUAUUUAUUGGACAGUAGGUGAAAAUGGUAAAAUACCAUCUGUUUGGCCAGACAUUUUUAAUACAAAGAUCAACUUAAAGAAUCCAAUAAACUUUACUUAUAUGAACAAUAAAUAUAAAGCAUUUGUCGCUAGUUCACCUCCACCAUUUUCGCCCAAAGAUAGAACCAAUGAUGUGGAUGCUAUUCUUUAUUGUAUCGAAAGAGCAGAGAAAUUUAUUUAUAUUUCUGUAAUGGAUUAUUUUCCAUUAACUGUAUAUACACCUAAAAUAAAGUAUUGGCCGAUAAUAGACGAUGCAUUGAGAACUGCAGCAAUCGAACGUAAAAUACAUAUACGAUUGUUAAUAUCAUCAUGGAAAUAUUCAAGUAAAUUAGAAUUUUCUUUUUUGAAGUCUCUUAUGGAAUUGACAGAUAGUUACACAGGUGUGAAAAUCGAAGUGAAAAGAUUUGUAGUUCCUACUAAUCCUGAUUUUGAUAAAAUACCAUUUUCAAGAGUAAAUCAUAAUAAGUAUAUGGUGACUGAUGCAACUGCAUAUAUAGGUACAAGCAACUGGUCUGGCGAUUAUUUCAUAAACACUGCAGGUAUUGGUACAGUAUUUGAGACAAUCGGCGAUCAAACUUUGAACAAUCUUAGGCAACAAUUGGAAAAUAUUUUUCAUCGUGAUUGGAAUUCCGAAUAUUCCUACUCUCUAAAUGGAAGUUUACCAUUCGUAGAACGACAGAUAAAUACUAUUGAAGAUGACUAUUAUCUAUCAUCAGCACGUUACAUAUUAGCGUGAUAACGUCAAUGAUUUCAUUAACAAUUAUACGUGCCUAACGAAAAAAAAUGAAAAUCAUUUUUCGAUGCUUAAUAUUUAUAAUUAGAGAUGAAUCUGUUAAAUUUCUAGACUUUCCAUUUUUGAUAAAUAUUAAACUUUUUUUCUUCUCUUUUUUAUUAUUUUUUUUUUUUUAUUUUUACGCACAUUUUUACGAUUAUCUAUAUUCAGCAAAUAUCAAUUUCAUGCUGACGUUUUAUUUGUUCCGUGUACAUUACAUACACGCAAAUACAGAUACAUUCUUCUUCCAUUCUUUUUUACCAUUCCUUUUGGUAUUAUUUCUUUGAAAAUAUACACAUGUGCAGUCGCGUAUAUAUCAUAUACAUCUACGUACAAGCAUGCUCUAUCUUUUUUUUUCUUUCCUUUCUAUGUAUAUAUCCAUCAUACAUAAAUGUAUAAAUUAUGAGAAACGCACAUACCUGAAAUCUUAAGCUUAUAGGAAUAAUCUUACAUAACGGACGUUUGUGUGCCUUGCUUUAAGUGACCUUGCAAAUGUCUUCUAUGAAAAAUCGUUUCAAUGCCAGUGCCCCAUGUUCCGUCCAUAUAUAUAUAAUUCUUAAAAAGAUAUUAAAUAUUGUAAUAAUUAAUAUUUAUAAUUUUUCGUUUUUAUACGAGUAUUAAUUAAGAAAAAUUGCAUGAAUCUGUGACAUUUAUUAUGUGUUAAUAAUAUUAUAUGUUUUGCAAAUAUAAAAUAUAAAAUGUAUCGUAAAUAUGCAAAUUAUAUUGACGUAUCUGAUUAUAAAAAAGUAGCUUCUAGUAUGCUCAUAUAACGUUUAAAAAGUAUCCAUCUUCGUGUGCAAAUACACAUAAUUCCACAAGAAUAGCCUGAUAAUCGUGACAAAAAGUAGUGUUUUUUCACAGCUACAUUCGAAUUUGCAUGACGAAUUAUAUGCUUGCAGAACAUGUUAGUUUGCAUCACGUUAAUCAUGUUAAUUUGUUUAUCUAUUACGAAAUAUAGUU